GUCAAACUGGAUUCCAUAGGGAAAGCCUGCAAAUCACUUCUAUUUUAGCAAGGAGAAAACAGAAUCUCCUUCCAGCAGGGUCCACCCCUCUCUCUUUCUCUCCCUUUCCUCUCUCUCUCUUUCUCUCUCUGUCUUUCCCUCCCCCCCUUUCCUCUCUCCCUCUCUCCCCUUCCCCCCACCCCACUCUCCCUUUUCUGGUGUCUGUCUCCGGCAACCAGCGUCCUCCUCAUCUGUACGCACAGAAAGGAAAAGAAACAUCUCUGGUUGGGAGAGAAGGAGGAGAGGGGGAAAAAAAAAAAAGGAGCGAGGAAAAAACUUGCCUGGUUGUGGAAAAUGACACUUGAAGUAGCAAAGCCGGCAGCGCGAGUUGAGUCUAUUGUUUCUUAAAUUGCCAUCAAGGCUUUUUUUUUUUUUUGCUUUUUUUUUUUCUUCCUGUUUCUUCAAGUGAAGGGUACCUCUACAAAAGGAAACUCCAGCCCCUCCUGUCCACCGGCCUGUGAUCAUUACAAAAAAAAAGCAAAAAAAAAAAAAAGCACCCAAACCAAAAAUUAGCCAACCAAACAACCCCCAACAGCCAAGCAUACAUCUCUAUUUUUUUUUUCAAUUUUGGUCUUUUCGUUGGAUUUUCCCUUUUUUUGUCUCUCUCUUUUUUUUUCCGGUUGACGCUCAGUUUUGAGCGAAGGUUUACAUUUUUAAAAAAAAAAUUUUUUUUUUUGCUUCGCAGUCCGCCUUGAUCUUCUAGCGCGAGUUCAUCGUCUCCAAAAGAAAAAAAGAGAAAAAAAAUCCUCUGGCUGGCGUUUUUCUUUCCUUUUUUUUCUUCCCCCCCCCCAAUAUUUUCAAGGGGGAGGAGAUUUUCCGCAAGAAAAGGUUGUUUUCAUGUUUGGGAUUCAGGAAAGCAUCCAACGGAGUGGAAGCAGCAUGAAGGAAGAGCCGCUGGGCAGCGGCAUGAACGCGGUGCGGACGUGGAUGCAGGGCGCCGGGGUGCUGGACGCCAACACGGCGGCGCAGAGCGGGGUGGGUCUGGCCCGGGCCCACUUUGAGAAGCAGCCGCCUUCCAAUCUGCGGAAAUCCAACUUCUUCCACUUCGUCCUGGCCCUCUACGACAGACAGGGCCAGCCCGUGGAGAUCGAGAGGACAGCCUUUGUGGGGUUCGUGGAGAAGGAAAAAGAAGCCAACAGUGAAAAGACCAACAACGGGAUCCACUACCGGCUCCAGCUGCUCUACAGCAAUGGCAUCAGGACAGAGCAGGAUUUUUACGUGCGCCUUAUUGACUCCAUGACAAAACAAGCCAUAGUGUAUGAAGGCCAAGACAAGAAUCCUGAAAUGUGCCGAGUCCUGCUCACGCACGAGAUCAUGUGCAGCCGCUGUUGUGACAAGAAAAGCUGUGGCAACCGAAAUGAGACUCCCUCAGAUCCAGUGAUAAUUGACAGGUUCUUCCUGAAAUUCUUCCUCAAAUGUAACCAGAAUUGCCUAAAGAAUGCCGGGAACCCGCGGGACAUGCGGAGAUUCCAGGUCGUGGUGUCUACCACCGUCAACGUGGACGGCCACGUCCUGGCGGUCUCCGACAACAUGUUCGUCCACAAUAACUCCAAGCACGGGCGGAGGGCGCGGCGCCUUGACCCCUCGGAAGGUACGCCCUCUUAUCUGGAACAUGCAGCAACGCCGUGUAUCAAAGCCAUCAGCCCGAGCGAAGGCUGGACGACGGGCGGGGCCACGGUCAUCAUCAUCGGCGACAACUUCUUCGACGGGCUGCAGGUCAUAUUCGGUACCAUGCUGGUCUGGAGCGAGCUGAUCACCCCUCACGCCAUCCGUGUGCAGACCCCCCCUCGGCACAUCCCUGGCGUGGUAGAAGUCACCUUGUCGUACAAGUCCAAGCAGUUCUGCAAGGGGACGCCCGGCAGGUUCAUCUACACAGCCCUGAAUGAACCCACCAUUGACUACGGUUUCCAGAGGUUACAGAAGGUCAUCCCGCGGCAUCCUGGAGACCCUGAACGUUUGCCCAAGGAAGUGAUCCUCAAGCGGGCCGCGGACCUGGUGGAGGCGCUGUACGGGAUGCCGCACAACAACCAGGAGAUCAUCCUGAAGAGGGCGGCCGACAUCGCCGAGGCCCUGUACAGCGUGCCCCGCAACCACAGCCAGCUCCCGGCGCUCACUAACACGUCGGUACACGCGGGCAUGAUGGGCGUCAACUCCUUCAGCGGGCAGCUGGCCGUCAACGUGUCCGAGGCAUCGCAGGCCACCAACCAGGGUUUCACCCGUAACUCCAGCAGCGUGUCCCCCCACGGCUAUGUGCCCAGCACCACACCCCAGCAGUCCAACUACAGCUCGGUGACCACGAGCAUGAACGGAUACGGCACAGCGGCCAUGUCCAACCUGGGUGGCUCCCCGACCUUCCUCAACGGCUCUGCCGCCAACUCGCCCUAUGCCAUUGUGCCCUCCAGCCCCACCAUGGCCUCCUCCACGAGCCUCCCGUCCAACUGCAGCAGCUCCACCGGCAUCUUCUCCUUCUCACCAGCCAACAUGGUCUCAGCCGUGAAGCAGAAGAGCGCCUUCGCGCCUGUGGUCAGACCCCAGACCUCCCCGCCGCCCACUUGUACCAGCACCAAUGGGAACAGCCUGCAAGCUAUUUCUGGCAUGAUUGUUCCUCCCAUGUGAAAAUUGCCUUGAAGAAACUUUUAUUAAUGAAGAAGUUGGAUUCUGCCACAGAGAGUAAUCUGAUACAAGUCCCAGCGUGGAACUUUUAAACUCAGGCCUUUUAAAGAGAGUCACAGUAACUGCAGAUUUUUAAACAAACAACAUCACCGACCUUGCAAAUACUGAAAUCGGAAGGGGUCUACAAGCGCAGGGUGAUGGUGAAAGUUGGACCUCCCAGGCUUUUUUUUUUUUUUUGAGGGGGGUGGGGGAAUAUAUUUAUUCUGUGUCGAUAAAAGCAAAUCUUUCUUUCUUUCUUUUUUUUUUAAAGCUUAAAACUCCACAAUCAUUUGUCUUUUAUAAACCGUAAAGCUGUAUACAAGGGACACUAUAAAUAAGACUCCGUGUUUUAAUUUAUGAUGUUUUCAAAGCUGUGUAAAGGGAGAAUGAAGUGGUGAUAUUUACAAAAAAAAUGGUUAAAAAAGGAAAAAGUUUAAAAAGUUCGAGAAAAAAAAAGCUUGUAUGGGACAGAAUAGGAAUGCCAGUUAGAUUUUUUCUAGAAAACUAAAAGGGUCGGCUUUUGCGCCUUAAAGCAUUUCCCAUGGUAGUUAGCUCAGACCGUGCAUUUCCAAUAUCUGACAUGCCCCCCCUGGCCUGCAAGCGCCUCUCGCACUUACCUCCCUGUCUUAAGUCAUCAGGGCAGCCUGGAAAGUUCCAGGAAGGCGAGAGAAUGAUCACCU